CGCGGCCGCCUCCUCCCCCUCCGCCUCUUCCUGGCCGCGGCGAGAGGAGCUGUGCUGGCAGCGGGGAGGCGGCGGCGGCGGCGCCCAGCUCCCGGCCCGCCAUGGCGAUCCGCAAGAAGAGCAACAAGAACCCGCCGGUGCUGAGCCACGAGUUCAUCGUGCAGAACCAUGCGGACAUCGUGUCCUGCAUGGCCAUGAUCUUCCUGCUGGGGCUCAUGUUCGAGAUUACAGCAAAAGCUGCCGUCAUUUUUGUUACACUUCAGUACAAUGUUACCAUUCCUGCCACAGAAGAACAAUCUGCAGAAACAAUCUCUCUCUAUUACUAUGGCAUCAAAGACUUGGCUACAAUUUUCUUUUACAUGCUUGUAGCAAUAAUCAUACAUGCUAUAAUUCAGGAGUAUGUACUGGAUAAAAUUAACAGGAAAAUGCACUUUUCAAAAACAAAGCAUAGCAAGUUCAAUGAGUCUGGACAACUUAGUGCAUUCUACCUUUUCUCCUGUGUUUGGGGAACGAGUAUUCUUGUCUCUGAGAACUAUAUAUCAGAUCCAACCUCUCUGUGGAGGGACUAUCCGCACACUCUGAUUCCGUUUCAGAUGAAGUUUUUCUACAUCUUACAGCUGGCAUACUGGUUUCAUGCUUUUCCAGAACUUUACUUCCAGAAAACUAAAAAAGAAGAUAUCUUUCGCCAGAUUGUCUACAUUGGACUUUACCUCUUUCAUAUUGCUGGAGCCUAUCUCCUGAAUCUGACCCAUCUUGGACUUGUUCUUCUGGUAUUGCAUUACUUCGUUGAAUUUCUUUUCCACAUAUCCCGUCUUUUCUACUUCAGUGAUGAAAAAUACCAGAAAGGAUUUUCACUGUGGGCAGUUCUUUUUGUUUUGGGAAGGCUUCUCACCUUGAUUCUCUCAGUCCUCACUUUUGGCUUUGGACUGGCAAGAGCAGAAGAUCAGCAGCUGAAUUUCAGUACUGGGAAYUUCAAUAUCCUGGCUGUUAGAAUCAGUGUGCUGGCCUCAAUCUGCAUGACUCAAGCAUUUAUGAUGUGGAAGUUCAUUAAUUUCCAGCUUCGGAGGUGGAGAGAGCAUUCUUCUUCUCAGCCUCAGUCAGUGAAAAAGAAGUUUGUAUCAGCUAAAGGAAAGACCUCCAGAAAAGAAAGAGAAAAUGGAAUAAAUGGAACAGUGACCUCAAAUGGAGCAGACUCGCCUCGCAGCAGGAAGGAUAAAUCCUCGUAAAACUGGGUUUUAUUAAGUUAAUUGACUAAUGUCCCCAAAGAAUCUGCUUUUUACAUGGAUGGCCCUUCAGCACUAGAGAUAUUAUGGAUUAAAGAAAAUACAAUUCAUGUUUUUUGAUUAUU